UUUUGGCUCAAGACCGCUUUUUGGCUUGAGCUGGUCACGGGGGCGUUUGCUCCCGCAUUCGUUAUCCUUUCAUGUGCACGUUGAUUCUUUCCCUUGAUGGCACGGCUUGCCAUAUAUACUCUGUUCAACGAUUGCCAAGUACUUAAACACGAGAACAACGUGCUACAGAAGCAGGAACCUCAGCUUUCUUUGGACGUGCUGAUCCCGCGGGUAGAGAAAUUGCGGGAGGAUGUUCAGCGGCGUGACUAUGUUCAACAGCGUGAGGGCGAUCCACUUCAUCGCAAGGACGGUCAACAGUGAGAGGAUGAACACCAGCGCGUGGAAUAUCAAUCGUAUGAGCAUGAUCAGCAGCGCAAGGGCGAUCAAGAGCGUGUGCACGAUCAACAACGGGAGGAUGCUCUACAGCGGGGGGAAUAUCUGCAACGAGAGGAACAUCAACAGCGUGUGGGUGAUCCACGGCGUGAGGAUAUCAACCAUGCAAGGACGAUCUACAGCGCGUGGACGAUCAGCAGCGUGAAUCUGGUCAGCAAGGGAAGGAUGAUCAACACCGAAUGGACGAUGACCACCGUGAGGAUGAUCAGCAUCUUGAGGACGAUCAGCUGGGCGAGAACGGUGAAGAGCGUGUUGACGAUCAGCAGCGAGAGGAGGCUCAACAACGAAAACAUGUUCAACAACGUGUGGACGCUCUAUUGCGCGAAGGCGAUCAACAGCGAGAAGAUCAUCAACCGCGCGUGGACGAUCAAACGCGCGAUGAACAACAACAGUGUGAGAACGAUAAUCAGCGAGAGGGCGGUCAGCAGCGCGAGGGCGAUCACCAGCGUACGCACGACCAGUUUCAGCCAAACGAUCGACAGCGCGAGGACGAUCAACAGCGAGAGAAUGUUCAACAACUUGUGGGCGAUCAACAGGGUGAGGACGAGCGAAACCGAAAGGACGGUAAACAGCGUGAGGAUGACCAACAGCGUAAACGCGAUCAAUAUCGGCCAGGCGAUCGGCGGCGUGAGGACGAUUGACCCCCGAAAUGAUAUUCAGUAACUAAUGGGCGAUCAAAAGCGUGAGGAUGAUCGACAUCGUGUGGGCGAUCAGCGGGGGGAUGAUCAACAGCGCGUUGACGUUCAACAGCGUGUGGGCUAUCAGCAGCAAGAGGAUGACCAGCAGCGCAUCGGCGAUCAACGGAGUGAGGGCGGUCAACAGGAGGACGUGACUCUCGCCCGCAGAUUCUCUUGGAGAGCUACGAGGCACAGGGGCUGCCUAUGGCUCACUUCGCUGAGGAGGCGGCAACAGUUGGGCUUCUUCCGAGGGGAUAUGUUGUAUGGAUUCGUGCUGCGAGACGGGAAUUGGGAGCUGCUAGUAGCACGUACAUUGGGCGGGCAGAGCCUGCGUAUUUCUUAUUCAGCCAAUUUCAGGCUGGUCGGCCUCGGUUCUUAUAGCAUGCCACCAUCGCCACCGCCUCGUGCUGCCGCAUGUUGCUCCGCCCUUCAUGCUGCUGCUGCUGCUCAUUCUCUUGCUCCUCCUUUGUCCU